AAAAAACAAGGCGCUAAAGGGCCCUUUCCUCUCAUCUUUCCACUGCCCCCACUGCAUCACCGUUUCCAACUCUCCAUGUUUUUCUCCUUAAGACCUAGAAAUCAAACCCUAUAACCUCAUGAUCCCAUCUCCAAACCUUCCUUAAAUCCCCUUUAACACCCAUCCCAAAGUCCCCAUCAGAAACUUUGAGACCCAUCAAUCUGUGAAGGCCAUGGAUCGCAAAAACUUCCAAAUGCCCUCCACCAAAACCAUGAUCUCGGCCGCGGCCUCCCUUGCUGGUUCAGCCAUGUUGAUUCGCUCAAUCAUCCGAGACCUCAUCCCCCCAGAGCUCCAACACUACCUCUUCUCCAGAUUUCGAGGCCUUUUAGGCUCAUUCACCUCCGAAUUUACCUUGGUAAUCGAGGAAUUUGAUGGGUUUGGACACAACCAACUCUUCCGAGCAGCAGAGGUCUACCUGGGAUCUGUCAUCUCCCCAAAUGCUCAAAGGCUUCGAGUCACAUUGCCCAACAAGGAAAGCAAGAUGUCGGUAACCAUGGACCGGAAUGAAGAUGUGGCCGAUACCUUCAAUGGGGUUUCCUUGAAAUGGACAUUCAUUUCAAGGAGCAUUCCAACCAGGUACUUCAAUGAUCCAGACAAUUAUUACUCCAUGGCCAAGUCAGAGCUCAAGUUCUUUCAAUUGAGCUUUCACAAGAAGCACAAGCAAACGGUGCUUGAGGCUUACUUGCCAUAUGUACUGGAGAAAUACAAAGCCAUGAAAGAAACAAACAAGACCCUGAAAAUCCACACUCUCAAGUUUGAGAGGUUGCAGGGAGGGAGCAGCGAUCCAUGGCAGUCGGUGAAGCUUGAUCAUCCGGCUACUUUUGAUACACUGGCGAUGGACUCGGAGCUCAAGAGGACUUUAAUGAAUGAUCUUGAGAGGUUUGUGAGGAGGAAAGGGUUUUACAGGAAAGUUGGCAAGGCCUGGAAGAGGGGGUACUUGCUGUUUGGGCCUCCUGGUACUGGGAAAUCGAGCUUGAUUGCAGCCAUGGCUAAUUAUUUGAAUUUUGAUAUCUAUGACUUGGAGCUCACAGAUCUUAGAUGCAAUUCUGAGCUCAGGAAAUUGCUGAUUUCUACUGCAAACCGAUCCAUACUUGUGGUGGAGGAUAUUGAUUGCUCCCUUGAAUUGCAAGAUAGACUAGCUCAAGCCAGAAUGAUGAAUCCUCAUCGAUACCAAACAAGCCAGGUGACUCUAUCAGGGCUGCUCAAUUUCAUAGAUGGGCUGUGGUCAAGCUGUGGAGAUGAGCGGAUCAUAGUCUUCACAACCAACCACAAAGACAAGCUCGACCCAGCUCUGUUGCGCCCUGGUCGCAUGGAUAUGCAUAUCAACAUGUCUUACUGCACCCCAUGUGGGUUCAAAAUGCUAGCCUCCAACUACCUUGAGAUCACAAACCACCCUCUUUUCCCAGAGGUUGAAGACUUGAUCUUGGAAGCAAAGGUAACCCCUGCAGAAGUGGGUGAGCAACUGAUGAAGAGUGAGGAGCCUGAUAUCACCCUAGAAGGCCUAAUUCGGUUCCUUGUGGAGAAGAAAGAAAGUGAUGCAGCUAAAGCUAGAGAGGCAGAGCUGGAAGCAGCCAGGGCUAGUGAUAAGGAGGAAAAGGAGAAAGAUGAGAGUGGGAAACCAGAGAAGGGGGGAGAGGUGGAAAUAAAAAUGAUCCGGUGAGUUGCUGCAGGUGGGUUGGAGGAGAUACAAUCUAUUUCAUGAAGCUCACUCCUUAGAUUUAUGUAACAGAACUUGACAUAAAUUUUAUGUAGGAAAAUAAGUCUUAUCACAAGAUUUUGUUCUCUUUGGUAUCAUUAUUCUUGUUAUAAUAUCUCUAGGAAAAUUUGAAGUAAAAUCCCUUUCUUUAGUUCUUGUGUUAAAUAUGACAA